ACGAAAAGCACGUUGUUCCGUUGUUUGUAAACCGCCGGUGGUACUCGUUGUCGAUAAAGAAAUGGCAAAAUUACUUGCAUUUUACAACCUUUGUCCGAUUAACAACAUAGAAGACUUUCUCGGUUUGUCGCGGGAUGUAGACCCCGGUUGUGUUAUCAAUACGCUCGGUCGUAAUAUUAUUCUGGUGGUAAAGUUAAGCAACCAACGGCAAAUCCGCAGCUGGACGGUGUUGGACCGGCUUAGCAGCAAGGUGGUGUAUGAUUUCAAAUCCGAGCGCUAUGUGGCCGUGUUCGGUGGUCGCUCCUUGCGCUGCUGGGAUCGUGAUCGACCCGAUCUGAACACGGUGAAGAAAAUCAAACUCUACCGUACGGUGCAGGAUUUGUUCACGCUGCCUAGCGGUGAAACGCUAGUGCUGUACAACGAUGGCACGUGUGAGUCUCUUGAGAGUGCUCUGGUAACAAGAAAACAGGAUAAAACAAACCCGGAUGCCAUCGCUCGGAAGGGAAACGUUAAUCCGCAAACGCACUCCAUACGUGAUGUUCAGCUGCUUACGCUCGAGGAUGGCACAUCGUUGAUAACUUAUUUUGUCAGGCGGGAGGAAGACGGAUUCACAGAGUUAAACUAUGCGCUACUGAACAAGAGUGACUUGAAAGUCCAUAAAACAUUUGAAAAGGUUAAUCUUGUACGGAGUGGCAGUGAGACGAAGCUUGUCGGAUGCUGCAUCGUUGACGGAAGCGGUGGUCCAUCGUUGUUGAGUGUUUGGUCCGAUAGCCGCAUCUUCUACCUUCAGCUCAGCCUUGGACAAUCGCCCAAGCGACAGGAGGGGGUGGGAAACUUCAUCGAGAUGGUACACUCCAUCGAUGUCACGCAACCUCUCUCGGUGGCAAGCAUCGGUAAGGAUUACAUUGCCAUGUAUGCCGGAAACACGAGCAAGGACGGGGCCACACUGGCGUUGUUCAACGUGCAGGUCAAGGUGUUCCAGGCGAAGCAGUACUUCAAGGUUUAUUUCCGUUCGUCCCGCUUCUGGGUGAUUGAGAGCAACAUCCUGCUAGCGUUCGGCCAAACGUUGGCUGUUGUGCCGUAUAAAAUCAGCAACCAGCAGCUGGCGGACAUGAUCGGCAGCCAGUGCACAUCGUUCGAUCCCACUUACACGAUCGAUGACGAAAGUUUGAACGAGGAGGGCGAGUUUUUGGACGUGUAUAGCUACGGUGGAACGUUGCCAUCGAUUGCGGAACAAAGCUCCGGGGAACAGGCGGUCGAAGAUGAGGAUGAAGCAGAGGAAAAACCGCCGCUCUACAAACAGUUCCGCAGUGAGCGAGAAUUUGAAGAAACACUACGAAAAGCGUAUCAAAUUUCAACGCUUCCGAUUGAUAUCAUUACCGAUAAUACGCUACCGGAUGAUAUGGUGCAGUUGAAGUUAUUCAACAACGCUGACCCUACCCUCGGUCCGCUGGUGUUUAACCGAACGUUUGAAAUAAUCGCCGAAGAGCUGGAAUGCAGCGGAUGCUCGGAGCAGGAAAUAUGCAACCGGUUGGUUCCGUGGUUGGUACAGGCAAAUUUGCCCAACGAUCUAGCCAAAUGUCUCAAACGGUACUCGGUCGUUUCGGAGAAAACGAUCGUACAGGCACUGAAUUACGCUAUGAGUUUGCCGGACGAAUUGCUGGAGGAAUCGCAGAACGGAGAUUCUACGGAUGAUUCAUCCCCUGUGAACGGAGAGAAUACGAAGGAGGAUCCCUUGCCCAACCAGAACGUGUUUGUCGAUGCACAGUUUGCGCAUCCAUCGCACCGGGACUUGCUGAAUAUCGUACUCUCGUGUAGCUUCAACCGAACGGCAAUGGUUCCGUUUGUGCGCACCGAACUGGACUUUCCCCAAGUGAUGCGAUUGCUGCAACAUCUCGAGCACCUGCUGGUGGAUCCGAUGGCAACGCUCAGUGAAACUCUGCACACUGCCGACACAUUCGAUAGCGAUGAGAAAACGGUCGAGUGGAUAAUAGUACUGUUGGAUGCACACUACCAGCAGUUUGUGCUGGCCAAAGAAUCAGAAACCCAGGAACAACUCAAGCGGAUGUUGCGUAUCGUUGACGAGCAUAUCGACGGGUUAAAGCAGUUGAAAUCCCUCGCCCCGUCGCUGGAGCGGUUCAUCGUGAGUAAAGGGCAGGGUAAGAGCAGUGGCCUUAAUCAGUUCUACAGUAUCGAAACGAUACAGUUGUACUGAAAGAAAGCGGAAUGUUUAUUUUAGGUCGCAUAAUAAAAAGAGCAUAAUUAUAUGCGCG